AUGACUGUCACUUACUCCAGUAAAGUAGCAAAUGCGACUUUUUUUGGAUUUCAUAGGUUACUCCUCAAGUGGAGAGGCAGCAUCUACAAACUACUAUACAGGGAAUUUAUUGUUUUUGCUGUACUUUACACAGCAAUAAGUUUUAUGUACAGAUUGUUACUUACAGGAGCCCAAAAACGUUACUUUGAAAAAUUAUCAAUUUACUGUGACAGAUAUGCUGAACAAAUUCCAGUAACCUUUGUACUUGGGUUUUAUGUUACUCUGGUGGUGAACCGAUGGUGGAACCAGUUUGUGAAUCUGCCCUGGCCAGACAGGCUGAUGUUUCUCAUCUCCAGCAGUGUUCAUGGAAGUGACGAGCACGGGCGCCUGCUCCGGAGGACACUGAUGCGCUACGUCAACCUCACGUCCCUGCUCAUCUUCCGCUCGGUGAGCACGGCUGUGUACAAAAGGUUUCCGACGAUGGACCAUGUGGUUGAAGCAGGUUUUAUGACAGCAGAUGAAAGAAAAUUAUUUGAACACCUCAAAUCUCCUCAUCUGAAAUACUGGGUUCCAUUCAUCUGGUUUGGAAAUCUUGCAGCUAAAGCCCGGAAGGAAGGUAGAAUCAGAGACAGUGUUGAUCUGCAAUCAUUGAUGACUGAAAUGAACCGAUUUCGCUCCUGGUGCAGCCUCUUAUUUGGUUAUGACUGGGUUGGGAUUCCGCUGGUUUACACCCAGGUUGUCACGCUAGCUGUCUACACCUUCUUCUUUGCGUGCCUGAUUGGACGCCAGUUUUUGGAUCCCACCAAAGGCUACUCAGGGCAUGACUUAGAUCUUUACAUUCCGAUCUUUACUCUCCUACAAUUCUUCUUCUAUGCAGGAUGGCUCAAGGUAGCUGAGCAACUUAUCAACCCUUUUGGAGAAGAUGAUGAUGAUUUUGAAACUAACUGGUGCAUUGACAGAAAUCUCCAGGUCUCCCUUUUAGCCGUGGAUGAAAUGCACAUGAGCUUACCCAAAAUGAAGAAGGACAUUUACUGGGACGAUUCUGCUGCUCGACCACCGUAUACACUGGCAGCUGCUGACUACUGCAUACCCUCAUUUCUGGGGUCAACAGUCGAAAUGGGGCUGUCGGGGUCCGACCUGCCUGGCGAGGACUGGCUGUGGGAUUAUGAGAAGCAUGGCCAUCGCCGUUCCAUGAUUGGAAGAGUCAAGAGGUUCCUGAGCACCCACGAACGCGCCUCCAGCCCCAGGAGGAGAAGCUACGGGAGACAGGCCAGCGACGGCUCCACGUUCUUCCCCCCGGGUGACCUCAGCCCAGCCAGGGACCUGCUGCACGUGCCCUCGAGAAGUCCCCACCAUGCCUCAGCCACCUGGAAGCACCCCUGCGCCCCAGAGGGGAGCCCCAAGCUGCACGCCAGCCUGGGAGAGCUGCCCACCAUCCGACAGGCCAGCCUGGCUCCACCGUCCAGUGUGAGGGGCUACCCCACCAAAACGCCGCGGGUCCCCGAGGUAGCAGUCGAAGCGGCGGUGCCCAGGGCAGAGGACGACCGCCAUGACUCCACUGCCUCUAUCCAGAGCUCUGACUUCACUGGGGUUCAGCCGAGCAGGACUGGGCAGCAGGAGGACCCUGUGGGGUCAGUCCCGUUCCCCUCAGAGAAAGGGGCACCUUCUAGGGACCUCAGUUCCCAGACUGUUCCAGCCAAAGCUGAGAGAAACCUCCUCCAGUUUGCCUCUGAGGAGGACCCUCAUGAGAAUGACAAGUCCCCAGAAAGGUGGGGCCUCCCGAGGUUCGUGGAGCCCAGCCGCACCUCCCUGGUAGGCCUAAGUCCGGAUCCCGUGAGCCCUGAGCCGGUUCCUCUACUUGACACAGAAACAUCCUCAGAGACCAGCGGAAUCAACAUUGCGGCUGGUUCUCGAGUCUCUCCUGAUGUGCUGUAUUUAAUGGAAAACCUGGACACCAAGGAAACGGAUAUCAUAGAGUUUAACCACGAGCAAACAGAGGAGUCACCCAAAGCAAGGCCAGAAAGUUCUAGGACCUGGUUCUAG